AUGGGCAAAUCUCCGUCGCUGAUCCUGCGUGGCCGCGCCGGCCGCGCCCUGGGCCUGUCGUGCCGCUCCUCGGGCUGGUUCCCGCGGCCGCAGCUGCUCUGGCUGGACGGGCGCGGCCGCGUCCGCCCGGAGCCCUCGCUGACCGCGGCCACCGCGACCCCCGGGGGGCUCUUCAGCGUCGAGGGCUCCGUGCGCGUCCCGCCGGGAGCGGAGCCGGAGAUUUCCUGCCUGGUGCUCAACCCGCGGCUGAACGGCUCCCGCGGCGCCCGCCUGCGCCUGCACGAGGCGUUCCUGCCGUCCAUCUCGCUCUGGCUGCAGAUUUUCCUGGCGCUUUUGUUCCUGACCCUGGCGCUGAUUUCUGGCAUUUUCUGUCUGCUCCAGAGGAGCCACAAGAGAACUCUGAAGGCAGGUCAGCUGAAAGCCGAGCUGGAUUUCUGGGAAGCGCGGAGCCACGCGGCUCCGGUGGCGCUGGGUGCCGAGCCGCGGCUGCUGCCCCUCGGGGACGCGCGGGCUCCGCUCCCGCGGGCGGCGCUGGUGGCGCGGGACGCGCUGGGAGCCGGGAGCGCCUACUGGGAGGUGGAGCUGGGCCGGGAGCGGGGCUGGGCCCUGGGCGUGCUCCGGGAGCCCCGGGAGCCCCAAAAUUCCCGGGAGCCCCAAAAUUCCCGGGAGCCCCCGUGGCUCUGGGCUCUCUGCGCGUCCCAGGGCCGCCUCUUCUCCGCCAGCCGC